GAAGCGCAAGGGUCCGGAGUUGCCGCUGGUUCCAGUCAAGAGGCAGCGGCAUGAGCUCAUGUUGGGAGCGGCGGGGUCGGGCCCUGGAGCGGGACAGCAGCCCCCGGCGCCGGGAGCUCUGCUGCAAGCGCUUUAGAUAAAGAAGCACAAGUCCUCUCAACUCCUCAAGCAGCGGGUUAGCCAAUCCGGCUGGCACCGUUUCAAAAUAGACGUACACACUGCUACCACUUGUGCCACCUCCAUCCCUAGCUCUUGAUCUCAGCUAUUAUUAUCUCACCUGGCAUUGCAGUAGGGUCCUAACUGGUAUUCCUGUUUCUGCUCCUGGGCCGUCAGUCUAUUCCCAAACCAGCAGCCAGAGGACUCCUUCUAAAGGGACCUCCAAGGUGUUCCUCCCUUCAAGCCCCAAUCAUGCUUCUUUCAGGACAUGAAGGGGAAGUGUACUGCUGCAAGUUUCACCCCAAUGGAUCCACCUUAGCAUCUGCAGGAUUCGACCGACUGAUACUGUUGUGGAAUGUCUAUGGUGACUGUGAUAACUAUGCAACAUUGAAGGGGCACAGUGGAGCAGUGAUGGAACUGCAUUAUAACACAGAUGGCAGUAUGCUCUUCUCAGCAUCCACAGAUAAAACUGUGGCAGUAUGGGAUAGUGAAACAGGUGAGAGGGUUAAAAGGCUGAAAGGACAUACUUCCUUUGUGAAUUCCUGUUAUCCGGCCAGGAGGGGCCCCCAGCUUGUCUGCACUGGCAGUGAUGAUGGUACAGUUAAGCUUUGGGACAUCCGGAAGAAAGCAGCCAUCCAGACAUUUCAGAAUACCUACCAGGUGUUAGCUGUGACCUUCAAUGACACAAGCGAUCAGAUUAUUUCGGGUGGAAUAGACAAUGAUAUCAAGGUCUGGGACCUGCGUCAAAACAAGCUGACCUACACCAUGAGAGGCCAUGCAGAUUCAGUGACUGGCCUGAGUUUAAGUUCUGAGGGCUCUUAUCUUCUGUCCAAUGCAAUGGACAAUACAGUGCGGGUCUGGGAUGUCCGGCCAUUUGCUCCCAAAGAGAGAUGUGUCAAGAUAUUUCAAGGAAAUGUGCACAACUUUGAAAAGAAUCUUCUGAGAUGUUCUUGGUCACCUGAUGGAAGCAAGAUAGCAGCUGGCUCAGCCGACAGGUUUGUGUAUGUGUGGGAUACAACAAGCAGGAGGAUUUUGUAUAAGCUUCCGGGCCACGCUGGCUCCAUCAAUGAAGUGGCUUUCCACCCUGACGAGCCCAUCAUUCUCUCAGCAUCCAGUGACAAGAGACUGUAUAUGGGGGAGAUCCAGUGAAGAUCAGAAAUGGAAGACUCCAGGGCUGCCUGACCUCAGACUGCAUCCGUGGCAUCAAGUGGUGCCCAAGCCAGCAUCCUCCCUUCAGAUGAAGAUCUAGAAACCAGUAGGAGGUGGCCGUAUUCCAACAACCACAUGCAUCUCAUUUCACCAGGAUGGAUGAUUAAAGCAAGCUUACAGCGGCCUCUAAAAACCACCUGCCACAUUUCAGGGACUGUUUGGUUUUUUCUUCUUUACUUUUUAUUUCUUCAAAGGGGCAGACAUUGGUUGGUUUGUAGCUUCCUGUUUUCUCAUCCAGAUUGAAGACAGGGAAUGUGACUGAAAUCUGCUUAUUGGGGGUUUAAUUAUUGGCUUGUAUAUUUUAUUUCUGUGUUUCUCUGAGACAUUUUGUAUUAAAAGCCAAAUAGAUGCCUUUUUACAAGA